AUGCUCGCCGUGGCGUGCAAGCCUGGAGAUUUCCUGGUGCUUGAUGGGAUGGAGGUGGCCUUCCUACGUUUGGACCGUCGUGGCUCGGGUCGACUGGGAGCACAAGAGCUGCGGAUGGGUUUGCUGAUAGGUGCUGCCGUGGACUUUCCGGCCAUCACUGGACUCACGGCCGAGGCCUUGUUUUCAGCGAUUGACUGGCGCUCCGCAGGCUUCAUUACCGCAGCAGAUCUGGCGGCUUGUCGCCCGGACAUUUGGCGAGAAUUUGGUGCUGCAGCGCUGGAAGUGGACGAAAAGGUCAGAGCCCUGCCAUGGCUUGCACUGGGCGGUCCGCGCAAGGCC